AUGGACGAGGAAAACGAAAGAGAACGGUUAAGAAUUCGCAUGAGCCUAAACGAUUUAAUAUUAAUACUGUCAGUUUGUUAUUCAGUUGGUGAUAUAUUUGUUCAAUGGAAUGAGUUUUCGAAAUGUUAUAAACCGAUACAAUUAUGGCUUGUUGUUUCAUUCAUUUCUAUUGUAUUAUACAGAUUAUCUCAUUUUCUUGCUCAAUAUUUAAGUAAUGAUAAUGAUGAUUUCAUAAUAUAUAGAAGAAACAAUCCACCUUAUUAUAUUAGCUUCUUAGUACUGUUUGUUCUGUUUCCUUUUUUUUUUAUUUGGAAUAUUAUAGGAACAAUAUGGAUAUAUCAAAUUAUAAAAUACACUCCAAAUUGUUUACCCAGAAAUAAUCAUCCUUGGUUUAUUGUUCUCUGGAUUGUACUUUGCUAUAUAUGGAUUUUGUUAUAUUUAUUUUUUAUUAUCCUAUCCAUAUAUCUCGAAUAUCAAUCAAGAAUUUAUGAAAGGACCAUAACGAAUAUACAAACGGAUGAUAUAUUCUCCAGGUGGACAGAUAAUAUCGACUUAAUGAGAGACUAUGGUAUUUUUAUUUAUAGAAAUGGAUUAAGAUUAAAACAAAUAGAAAAUUUGCCAUUUUAUUAUAUCAAAAAUAUUUCCAACGAAUCCAAAUGUUCUAUAUGCUUAAAUGAUUUCCAAAUCGAUGAAUGUGUAAGAACAUUGUUAUUAUGUAAUCACACUUUUCAUAAAUCUUGUAUUGAUUUGUGGCUAAUCAGAAGUGCUACCUGUCCAAAUUGCAAAUCACCUAUUGCAUCGCAAGGUAUUUUUAUGAACAUUUAA